AUGAUGAAAGUUAGUUAUUUUAUUUUUUUGUUAGUUUUGUUAACGACAUGUACGGUGAUCGAUGCUUUCGAUAGAGGUGAUAUUAUUUUACUACACAAUUUUGAUGGAUCCGAUGAAGAAGCAAUCUGGAAGAAAUUUCUUAAUCCUUUGAUACAAUUAGUGGCAACAGAUAGAGGUGAUCAAGCAUUGCGCAUUGAACGAAAUCUUCCAAAUAGUCCAUCAACAUUUAUUUCGAUUCCUUUACCAGCACUUGCAUUAUGUGGUUAUAAGAUUCGAAUUCAAGCAAAUAUCAAAGCAGCACAUAUUAGUAUACCACCAAAUUCAUGGAAUGGUAUUAAAAUAAUGCUUCAUACAAAAGGAUUAAGUGGUGAUAAUUAUCCACAACAAAAUCUUCCACGAGGUACAUUUGAUUGGCGUACGGCUGAUUAUAUAGCGAGUAUUCCUCGUGAUACACAACAAGCAAAUCUUGUACUCGGUUUGGAAGCUGUAACUGGUACUGUUUGGUUCGAUGAUGUUAAAGUAAUUGUCUAUAAUAAAUUACGUCCACCUCCACCUUCACCACCACCACCUGGUCUACCAUUCAAAGGUCAUAAUCUAACACGAUUACGAGGAGCUAUGAUUGGUACAAAUCUCAAGGAACAAGAUUUUCGAGAUUUUGGUAGUUGGAAUGCAAAUCAUAUACGUUGGCAAUUGAUGUGGAAUGGAUUUCCUCAUAGUCCAGCUGAUAAUGGUGAUAUCUCAGCUUAUGAAAUAUGGCUUGAAAGUGCACUUAAACAUCUUGAUUCAAUGUUACCAGUAUGUCGUGAAUUAGGCAUGCAUAUAUUGAUUGAUUUACAUACACCUCCAGGUGGUCGCAAUGAUGAAAAAGAAUGUAAUUUAUUUAAAGAAAAACGUUUUCAAGAUACAUUUAUUUCAUUAUGGGAAAAAAUUGCACGACGCUAUAAAAAUGAAUCUAUUAUUUGGGGUUAUGAUUUAGUUAAUGAGCCAGUUGAAGGAAUAGUUCCUGAUGAUGUCAUGGAUUGGCAACAAUUAGCUACAGUUACUAUCGAACAUAUCCGUGCUAUUGAUUCAGAACAUGCAAUUAUUAUUGAAGCAGCACCUUGGGGAGGUCCAGGCGUUCUAGCUGAUUUUGAACCAUUACCUUUCAGUAAAAUUGUUUAUUCAUUUCAUAUGUAUGAACCUGGUACAUUUACUCAUCAGAGUGUUUAUGAUGAUAUUCCUCCUGUAUCAUAUCCUGGUAUUAUCGAUGGUAAGAUGUGGAACAAAGAUCAAUUACGUGUUAACAUGAAACGUGUUCUUGAUUGGCAACAUGAUUAUAAUGUUCAUAUUUAUGUUGGUGAAUUUUCAGCUAUUCGUUGGGCACCGGGAAGUAGUGCGUAUGCUUAUUUACGUGAUGUCAUUGAUAUUUUUGAAGAAAAUAAUUGGGAUUGGGCUUAUCAUGCAUUUCGUGAAUGGCCAGGUUGGAGUGUAGAACAUAUUGGUGACAAAGAUAACACUCAAUAUUCUCCCAUUCCAACGGAUCGGCAAAAUCUCCUCAUGAAUUGGUUCACACAAAAUGAACAUUAA